AUAUAAUGAGGAAGGAACUUACUUUAUGAAGCGGAGGAGAAAGGGGAAGGGCAGAGAGAAAGGUGGGGGUAGAAAGAUGUUAGGUAAGGCACGACAUCCAUUUGAAAACACAGCCCUCAUGCCAACCAGCCAUAGAGACACUUCAAUGAUCUGACGGAGGGUCACAGCAUCAGACAGCAGCACCAUGAAGACUUUUCUGCUGCUCAUCCUCUCACUGAUGACCGGGUGUGAGGCCUCAUCUAUGGUGAAGGGAUGCAGAGGUGGAUGGGUUAAUUUUACCCACGGAUACCCUGACAGAAACUCAAAAAUUCAACAUAUUGAUUUAGUUAGGGACAAUCAUGAAAAUCCACCAAUCCUUCAAACCAACCAAAAAAACGUGUGGAUAAGUGACGGAAGAUUUUCUGUCUACCACGAUACAGAGAGCAGAAAUAUCCAGGUGGGCAUCAAAGACAUUCAACAAAAAAACUUUGAGGAGUACGAGUUAAAAUUUAGAAGUGAACAUGGACCUAACAAUAAAGACAAAGAAGAAGUGGAUUUGAAAUCAGAUAAAGGCUGCCAGGAACCAUUAAUAAUAACUGUGUCCAGAACAGCUGAAGCCAACAUCUUAUGUGAAGACAACGGAAACAAAGACGAUUUCAGAGUCAGGUUUUUCUGCAAAGAGAACGGUCCAAUCUGUGAGGAUGUUUUAUCAACUAAAUCUGCUCUGAGGUCAAACGGGAGCUUCACGCUCACAGAAACAGAGAGGGGCUUCACUGUGUCCAUCAGUGAUGUGUCCGCACAGCACGCUGGAGUGUACUGGUGUGGAGUGGAAUCAACUGUAAAAAUAAGUUACCGAGCUGCACUCAGGAGAAUACAGCUGAAGGUGGAAGGCUGUGAGGCCUCAUCUCAGGUGAAGGGAUGCAUUGGUGGAUGGGUUAAAUUAACCUGGAAAUACCAUAAAACAUAUGGAAAAUGUGUAAAUGUAACUAAGGGCGCAAUUCAUAUCAAAAACCAAGACAGAUUUUCCCUGUACCAUGAUGCAAUAAACGGAAGUCUCACGUUGGGCAUCAGACAGCUUAAACGUGGAGACUCAGGGAACUACAAUUGUCUACCUGAAACGGACCAAAAUUCUAAUGCAGUGAAAUUGAUAGUUGCUUUAGAUGAAGUGGGCUGCCAGGAACCAUUUCAUCAAACUGCGUACAAAAAAGCUAAAACUACCAUCUUAUGUGAAGACAACGGGAACAAAGACUCCAGAGUCAGGUUUUUCUGCAAAGAGAACGGUCCAAUCUGUGAGGAUGUUUUAUCAACUACAUCUGCUCUGAGGUCAAACGGGAGCUUCACUCUCACAGAAACAGAGAGGGGCUUCACUGUGUCCAUCAGUGAUGUGUCCGCACAGCACGCUGGAGUCUACUGGUGGGGAGUGGAAUCAACUGAAGGAAGUUACCGAGCUGCACUCAGGAAAAUACAGCUGAAGGUGGAAGCUCACAUCAAAAGCUUCACUAGGUCUCCAACUAUUGGACAGAGGAUUACAUACUGGUGUGAAUAUCCAGAGGGUGCUCCGAAAGAGAGAUUCAUCUGUAAGGGAGAAGAUCCAUCUUUAUGUGAACGUGUAGUCAGCACUGCCCAAAACACUGGCAGGUUUUCCAUGACUGAUGAGACGGUUAAGAGAAACAUCACCAUAACAGUGAGAGACGUGACAGCAGGAGACAGCGGGACAUACUGGUGUGGAGCAGAAAGCGAGACUGAAACACAAAGCAACCCGUUCUACCACAGAUUUGUGAUGACUGUCGUGCAACCAACAGCAACCACAUUUUCUGUUACUUCAACGAUGCCGACUACUGCCUUUCCUAAGAGUCGUGAUGGCCUUCAUGUUGUAUACGUUACUGUGAUCGUCUGUGUAGCCGCGCUGCUGCUUCUCAUUUUGAUCCUGAUCUACAAACGCUUCUCAAUAAAUAAAAGAAAUGCAGCAGCAGCGCAUCGCGACAAAGAGGAUUAUAUCUACAAGGAGAUACCGGAGCGCCCCCAGAAGCCUGACUCGGCCGUCUUCCCCUCAAACCCCUCUGCCUCGCUGCAUUACAGUACCAUCAACUUUAAAAGCGUCUCUGGUGAAGCUGCUGAGGUACUGAUGACCAAACCCAGCUCCUCUGCAUGUGAAUAUGCUACUGUGAAGGACACACAAAUAGCAACCUCCUCUGAUGGGCCCUCUUCAGAGGAUCCUCUCUACUCUACCGUCAACAAGACACAGCAGCAAUGAGGAAAGACCACAUCUACUGAAUGUAUGAGCAUCAUUUCAGCUCCUUUAUUUCUGAUCUUUUUUACACUGAAAUCCAGCUCAGACGUCAGGAAUUACACACCGACAUUAAGAUGUUGGGACCUGAAUCCUGACAUUCUUUCGAUCGUCUACAUUGUUUAUUGUUCGACAUCGUGAAGAAAGAACUGGAGAAUUGUUUGAAUGACUUGUUUUUUUUCACUUUUGCAAGCAGAUACAUCAUUAGGCAACUUAUAUUUAAUGUGGGCUGUAUAGACAUUGUGUCAGUACAGCAUGUUUCACUGUGAUAGUGGGGAGACUGAAAAGGUAACAUCACAAAUUGCACAAGAGAACCAACUUGUGCAAAAUCUGGCUGCUACUUCAAGUCAACCAAGCUUUAUUCGACUAAAAAAGCCUUAAGCUGAAUUCACAUGAUGCACGAUUUGCUCUUUGCUGAACACGAGGCUGGACGCAGAGUCUUGUGGUGAAAAUUGAUAGUUGUUUCUAUAGCUACUUCCCUGUUUAGUAAAGCUGUCAUCUGAUUGGUUGUGCAUCGAAAGGUCAGCAGUGGUCAAAGUUGGAAUAAUUUCAACUUUGAUCCCAACACCUCCACAGAAACACACCGGCAACUUGCUUUUAUAUUGAUAAUAAAAAAGGUGUACCUCUGAACCGAGGGGUCUUAAUUGUCCUACAGUUCAUAUUGCAGAUGUGUGUAUA